CAUGGCCAGACACCCAGACUGCGCUUCUCUUCGGCGGUGCACGACGCCGUCUCUUUCAUCUGCCCCGGCGAGGCCAGCCAGAUAGAGCGCUAGCUGCUGCUGGGCUUCCCUCGUAGACUAGCUCGCUCCACAUGUCCCCUCCCCGCUUUAUUAUCUGCCAGCCUCUCGAGCUCUCUCGCACCUCUCCCUCCUCGCCCAUUCUUCCGCCCUCUUCGUGAGUCCUUCCCCUAGGCGCUACUCGUCUGCUCUCCUCUCUUCUUUUUAGUAGCUCGCUCGCCAGGCCGCCAAGCCACAUGCAGCAUGUGGCGGAGCGCAAGUAGAUAGCUGCUGCGUCUUCCUGGCCUGAGGGUUUCGGAUUCAUCAGCCGGGCCGCCGGGGUCGCCAUCGCCGCCGUUGGGACGGCGGCGGCGGAGUUUGGCGUCGAGUUCUUCAGAGGGUUAGGUUAGGUGCACGCGUCUCUCGCGUUCCUCCUUCCCAACUCGAAUUCCUUUCUUUCCAUACCCGUCCCCAUGACGUUCGUUCUUCCAUGAUUCCCUUCCAUAUUUGCUCCAGCCAGGCCAUCCGCGGCUGCGUGGCUGCUCUCCUGCUAUUUUAAUGCCUGCCUUCUCUCCCUCUCACGCCUCAUAAAAAAAACUAAUAAUUCCUUGGGAUCUGAGGGGAUCCGCGUGGGGUUGGUAGGAUCGCGGGCAGAGAUUUUAGCCAGGACUGGAGGAAAACCAGUCCGCUCUCUCUCCAUGAGCUUCGGCGGCAUGUUCGACGGCGCCGGCUCCGGCGUCUUCUCCUACGACGCUACCGGCGGCGGCACGGGCAUGCACAACCCCGGCCGCCUCGUCCCGGCCCCGCCCCUGCCGAAACCUGGCGGAUUCGGCGCCACGGGUCUCUCCCUCGGGCUGCAAACGAACAUGGAAGGGGCUCAGCUGGGCGACUUGGGUCGUAUGGGCCUGAUUGGCGGCGGCGGGAGCGGGAGCGGAGGCGACGGGGACUCGCUGGGCCGCGGCCGUGAGGACGAGAUCGACAGCCGGUCAGGCAGCGACAACGUCGACGGCGCCUCCGGUGACGAGAUCGACCCGGACAACAGUAACCCUCGCAGGAAGAAGAAGCGAUACCACCGCCACACACCGCAGCAAAUCCAAGAACUCGAAGCUGUGUUCAAGGAGUGCCCCCACCCCGACGAGAAGCAAAGGAUGGAGCUCAGCAAGCGGCUCAACCUAGAGAGCCGCCAGGUCAAGUUCUGGUUCCAGAACCGCCGCACGCAGAUGAAGACGCAGAUCGAGCGGCACGAGAACGCGCUGCUGAGGCAGGAGAACGACAAGCUGAGGGCGGAGAACAUGACGAUCCGGGAGGCGAUGCGCAACCCCAUCUGCGCCAACUGUGGCGGCGCGGCCGUGCUCGGGGAGGUGUCGCUGGAGGAGCAGCACCUCCGCAUAGAGAACGCGCGGCUCAAGGACGAGCUGGACCGCGUCUGCGCCCUCGCCGGCAAGUUCCUCGGCCGCCCAAUCUCCUCUGGCAGCUCCAUGUCGUCGUCCCUGCAAGGCUGCUCCGGCCUCGAGCUCGCCGUCGGCUCCAACAACGGCUACGGGCCCGGUCCCCUCGGCGCGUCAGCGCUGCAGCCCCUCCCCGACCUACUCGGCGCCGGCCUUCCGGGCCCCGUGGGCUCGGCCGCCAUGCGCUUGCCCAUGGGCAUUGGCGCCCUCGACGUUGCGCUGCACGGGGCGGCCGCCGACGGCAUCGACCGCACCGUCCUCCUCGAGCUGGCGCUCGCCGCGAUGGAGGAGCUCAUGAAAGUGGCGCAGAUGGACGAGCCGCUCUGGCUCCGCAGUCCCGACGGCAGCGGCUUGGAGGCGCUCAACCUCGACGAGUACCACCGAGCGUUCGCCAGGGUGUUCGGGCCGAGCCCCGCGGGCUACGUCACCGAGGCUACCCGCGAGGCCGGCGUCGCCAUAACCAGCAGCGUAGACCUCGUAGACAGCCUCAUGGACGCGGCUCGGUGGUCGGAGAUGUUCCCGUGCAUCGUGGCGAGGGCGAGCACGACGGACAUCAUCUCGAGCGGCAUGGGCGGCACGCGCAGCGGGUCAAUCCAGCUGAUGCACGCGGAGCUGCAGGUGCUGUCGCCGCUGGUGCCGAUCCGUGAGGUGGUGUUCCUUCGGUUCUGCAAGCAGCACGCCGAGGGGCUGUGGGCCGUGGUCGACGUCUCGGUGGACGCCAUCCUCCGGCCCGACGGCGGCCACCACCACGCGCAGAACGGCGGCGGCGCCGGGUACAUGGGCUGCCGCCUGCUCCCCACCGGCUGCAUCGUGCAAGACAUGAACAACGGCUACUCCAAGGUCACGUGGGUUGUCCACGCGGAGUACGACGAGGCGGUGGUGCACCAACUCUACCGCCCGCUGCUCCAGUCCGGCCAGGCCCUUGGCGCGCGCCGCUGGCUCGCCUCGCUCCAGCGCCAGUGCCAGUACCUCGCCAUCCUCUGCUCCAACUCUCUCCCUGCCCGCGACCACGCCGCGAUCACGCCGGUGGGGCGGAGGAGCAUGCUGAAGCUGGCGCAGCGGAUGACGGACAACUUCUGCGCCGGUGUGUGUGCGUCGGCGGCGCAGAAGUGGCGGCGCCUGGACGAGUGGCGCAGCGGCGAGGGAGGAGACGCUGCUGGGAACGGCGGAUCAGCAGCCGCGGGCGAGGGCGAGGAGAAGGUGCGGAUGAUGGCGCGGCACAGCGUGGGGGCGCCCGGGGAUCCCCCCGGCGUGGUGCUCAGCGCCACCACGUCGGUGCGGCUGCCCGCCACGUCCCCGCAGCGCGUGUUCGACUACCUCCGCGACGAGCAGCGCCGCGGCGAGUGGGACAUCCUGGCCAACGGUGAGGCAAUGCAGGAGAUGGACCACAUCGCCAAGGGCCAGCACCACGGCAACGCCGUCUCCCUCCUCCGCCCAAAUGCAACUAGUGGCAACCAAAACAACAUGCUCAUCCUGCAAGAGACCUGCACCGACCCGUCAGGCUCUCUGGUGGUGUACGCCCCGGUGGACGUGCAGUCCAUGCACGUCGUCAUGAACGGUGGCGACUCCGCCUACGUCUCUCUCCUCCCCUCUGGGUUCGCCAUCCUCCCGGACGGCCACUGCCAGUCACCAAACACUGCACAUCAGGGUUCACCAAGCUGCGGCGGUAGCAGCAGCAGCAGCAGCACGGGGUCUCUAGUCACGGUGGCAUUCCAGAUCCUGGUGAACAACCUGCCCACCGCGAAGCUCACCGUGGAGUCGGUGGAGACCGUCAGCAACCUGCUCUCCUGCACCAUCCAGAAGAUCAAGUCUGCGCUCCAGGCCAGCAUCGUCACGCCCUAGCUAUUAGCGGGCAUUUGACAUGGAUUCCGGCCGCCGGUUCUCAGAAAAAAGGACGGAGUAGUCGGAUGCCAUGUCAAAUGCUUAGCUAGAGGACGACAUGCUGUGACGGCGCAGAUGCUAAACAAGGCUGUGCUCGUACGUACGUCGAUCGCUUCACAUCAGACCGGCGGGGAACUGGUGCUUGAGAAGGCAGUGAAAGAAAAUAAGGGUAUUAAAAUAAAUUAUGUAGUAGUGUGGAGUAUUUAUUGCAUAGAGCAAUAUAUAUAUGGGGUGAGGUACACAGGGAUUAAGUCAAGAACGAACCGUUCGCUAGGCUUUGAUUGCUUGAGCAAACACGUUUUGCUAUCGCUCAAGCUUGUUAUAUGCUCAUGUGGUGGUUCGGGUAUUGACUUAAGUCUCUGGCAAAAGAAAGUGAAACACCACCUAUUAGGGCUUCUCCUAUAUAUAAAAUAUAUAUGUAGCAGUUUGUUUUCAACCAUCUUGUGAAGAGUUCUGUUCUUUUGUUUCUCCGAUAUAGCGAAAUAUAGAGAUGAGAAUGUCUCUGUGUU